GUCCGGCCCGAGAGUUUGUAUAUUCCGGUUGCACACGGUCGACCACUAGCCGACGACGACGCCACGCAUUCGUCCGGACACUAUCACGUCGGUAGAACGUAUCCCGCGCGCGCGCGCAUAAACGAUGGUUCGACGCGUACGCGAUUGACCGAACAGUUAUUCAGUUAAUGCUAUUUUCGUUUUCAGUUUCUAUCCUCACGUAAAGGGUGUGUGUGAUUCUUUUUUUAAUUUUUUUUUAUUUGUUCGUAUUCCAUCAACAAGUUGAAAGUCAACCUACUGACUACCCUCGACGAUCCGCCCGCUGCGAGGAAAACACUUUAAAGUGCAACGCCACUCAAAAAUACUACGUUACAACUUCGCCCACGCGCAGCGCACGUGUAUUAUACUCGACUUGACACAACAGCGAUCUGCUGCAGUACGCGAUGACUACCAGCCGGCACGCGGUCGCCGCGUUCGCCAUCCUGGCGGUCGUCUGCUGUUCGAUGUUGGUCGUCCGCGGCUACGAGUCCGGCGCGCCCGUGCUGACGUGCCGCACCAUGAUCCCGGGUCACGGUAAGGCGGCUCAGGUGUCCGCCGCCCCGUACCGGAUCGUGCCGUCCGAGAACGCCACGUCGUCAAGAGUCCGCGUCACCCUCACCGCGCCGCGGCCGAACGACUAUUUCAUCGGGUUCCUGAUCGAGGCCCGAGCGCCCGGAACCGGCGAGGACGCCGUCGGAUCGUUCGUCCAGGUGCCGCAGGACUCGCAGACGCUCGACUGCAACGAAGUGAUCAGCUCGGGCGUGACCCACAGUAGCAACACGAAAAAGAAAUCAGUAGAAUUCGAUUGGGAAGCACCGAGAAACUUUGACGGACAAGUGAAUUUUGUGGCAACGGUGUUGCUUGAUUACGCAACAUUUUGGGUUGGCAUAACUUCGACUCCAGUUCAGGUUAGCAGUACAAAAGGCGGGCCUUCAGUUUCCGGACCUACCGAAAUCGGCAGAUCAGAAAAUGGUCUCAGAGAAAUCGAGGCAAACAUUUACGACGGUUGUGGAAAAAAUAAAAACUGCGUCGGGGCGCCUUUGGGUUGCAUUCAAACGAUGAAUUGCCGAGCGGUUGUAGCUUUGAUGCCGUCGAAUGACAAAUAUCAAUUUGAAAUGAUGGCCCGUGACAGCCAAUAUGUGGCUUUUGGACUUUCGGACGACAACAAAAUGGGAGGCGAUGGCGUUGUCGAAUGUGUUCAUGAAGAGAGUGGCCGAAGCAAUAGCGUAAGUGCUUACAAAUCGUGGAAUGUUCCCAAUCGAAAGCAAAAUCGACGUGUCGAGGACUUGUCGGGCGUGAGUUUGGAUAGCGCCUCGAUCAUCGACGGUGCUAUUUACUGUAAGAUUGUCGUGGAUCCUAUUUUAAAAAUGGAAGACAACACGUAUGACCUGGACAAUAACGAUUAUUUCGUCCUGCUAGCCGCCGGCGCCUCGCUAAAAACGUUCAGCGUUGGUUAUCACGAUGUAGCGUUCAUAAGUAGCCCCGAUAAGAGGAAACUCGGCCAGUUGAGAGCGGCUCGUAUAAUGGACCCGUUUUACGACAACUGUGGUCAGACAAAAACGUGCUUCGGAUCGCCCGACGGUUGCUUGUCGACACAGGACUGCGCUGCCGUGACGGCUGUCAAAGUCGAAGGGACCCGGUACAUGUUCGAGAUGAAAGCCAGGAAUGCUGCUUAUGUGGCCGUCGGUAUUUCGGACGACCAGAAGAUGGGAGGCGACAGUGUCAUGGAAUGCGUCCACGAAAACGUCGGCACGAACCUGGUCAAAGCUUAUAUGUCAUGGAACGUUCCUAAUCAAAAGAGCAACAAACGUUUAACGAACCAAAAUGGACUCACACUGUUGAAUUCAUCGUUUAUCGACGGCACGAUUUACUGUAACGUUGUGCGAGAUGCUGUCACUAAAGUGGAAGGAAUCAAUUAUGAUCUGAUAAGAAACAAAUACUUUUUACUGAUCGCCGCCGGAACAUCAUUAAAAGAACGGAGUGUAGGCUACCAUGACUUGGCUUAUACCUCGACCGCGGAGGCGAGUGCGUUGUCGGAAAUCAAGUCAUUGAGAACCUCGUCAAAGUUACUUUUGAGGUUACACGGUUCGUUUAUGAUUGUCGCAUGGAUUGGAGCGGCCAGCAUAGGUAUAGUCAUUGCCCGGUAUUACAAACAAACGUGGGUCGGAGGUUCGUGUUGUUCCAAGGACUUGUGGUUUGGGUGGCAUCGAUUGUUGAUGAUGUUCACUUGGAUCCUUUCGUUGGUCGGGUCAGCUUGCAUAUUCGUGGAACUCGGCGAAUGGGUGUCCGGUCCCAGUCAAACGCACGCUCUUUUGGGAGUCGUCACUACCGUGCUGGCGUUUUUCCAGCCGAUCUUCGCAGCGUUCCGGCCACAUCCUGACUCGUCGAAGAGACCGAUUUUCAAUUGGAUCCAUUGGCUGGUCGGAAACGCCGCCCAUAUAUUCUCCAUCUUAACCAUAUUUUUCGCCGUCUCACUCAGCAAAGCCGAACUCCCCGCAUGGAUGGAUUGGAUACUUGUGGCUUACGUAGGCUUCUACGUCAUCAUUCAUUUAAUAUUGUCGAUAUCUGGUUGCUUGAGUGAAAAAUCAGGAAGCAUGCGCAUAAACACGUUCCCCAUGAAAGAUCUUCACAACGGAAGGAGUCCGAUGAGCUACGAACAACACAAAGACGCACCGCAUUCCGGAUUCCGAAAAUUCUGGCUGUUCAUUCACGUGCUGUUUAUUGUUUUAAUAACAUCAGCUCUAGUAUUGAUUGUUAUUUUUGCCCCGAUUGAAAACAAGUUAAAUUCUCUUCGGGAACAAUUCAGCUAAGAGUUGUCAAAAGCUUUUGUAAUAUUUGUACUAUAAAUUUAAUUUACUUUUUAUAUUAUUAUUUAUUAAACCAAAAUAAUUGUUUUAAAUACAGGAUUUUACAUAUUACCUGAAUAAAAUGUACAGAUAUUUCAAUUAUUAUUUUACUAUGUUCUAGUAACCUACUAAAACGCAGGUUGUUCGAAGCUUGUUUUAUAUUAUGUACCAUGUUUACAUGACUUCAUGUAAAUCCUUUUUGUAAUCCAUUGACCAUUGUUAACCGUUUUAUUCGUCUACUUAGAUUUACAACAUUAUACGUAGAUAAAUAGAGUUAUUAAAAGAAUAUAUUUAUGUAAUAGAAUAUAAUAUAUUUAUUUUACAUAAAGGUGUUGAACAAUAUAUUACAUAGGUAAUGUAAUUAUGUAACAAUAUGACUAAUUAAUAUGCUAUAAAAUGUGAAAUUUAAGGAAUUUCUAAGUUAAUCAUAUGAAAUUUCGAAUAAACACCUAAAAACUACAAUGACUAUUCAAAAAUUAAUAUUCAUAAAAUAUGUCUAUUACAGAAGACCGAUGUGUGUAUAAUAUAAAAGUUGUGUUACGAUUGAAUAUAAUAAAAGUUUAUAA